UAUUUCCAAAGGAUUGGGAGCUUGUUCCUUCAACGUAAACAAAAUUCCCUCUCAAUCCAAUUCCCUCAAAAAGUUUGGAAAAGCUUCUCAAGGCUUUGUUCUGAUCAGUGCCCUCCCUUGAAUCAUAUCAGUAUCCUCCCAUCAGAUCAGUAUCCUCCCUUCAGAUCAGUAUCAUCCCUUUCAAAUCAGUAUCCCCUCUCAAAUCCGUAUCCUCCCCUUAGAUCAUUAUCAAUCCCUCAUAUCAGUAUCCUCCCUUCAGAUCAGUAUCCUCCCUUCAGAUCAGUAUCUUCCCCUCUGAUCAGUAUCCUCCCCUUGGAUCAGUAUCCUCACCUCAGUCAGUAUCCUCCCAAAUAUCCUUUCAAAUCAGUUCCCUCCUCAAAUCAGUAUCCUCCCCUCAGAUCAUUGAGCUAUUUUGGACAUCAUGGAUUCACUAAACACAGCUCAUCUCCAGACAUCUUUUAAAUAUUACCCCCUCAUUAUCUUCAACUUUAUUUUUAUUUAAAAUUUUUGUAUAUUUCUUCCCCUCUUUUUUACGUAAAUAUAUCUUCAGAUUAUCCUUCUUUACUAUAUAGUUUAUUUAACUUUAAAUAUCCCUACAACUAGUCAACAUUUAUUUAUUUAAUAAUUGGUCAAUCAUUUAUUUGUCUAAUAUUACUACUACUUUAUUUUUACUUUUUUUUCUUUAUUUGAUCGGCAAUGUUCCACUCAACAACUACUUUUAUGUAUUUGUAAUUCGGCUUUUCUAAAUUCCCCCAAAAGCUCCCUCAUCUUCGGCUCAGCUUUCGUCUUUCGCGAGUUAAACAACAACAAGCUUUUUCCUUCAUUUGCGCACUUAAUCUCUCCUCCUUCCUUUCCUAUUAACUCUCCCUCUCACACAUUUUGUUUUUUUCGAUCAGUUUUCUAUUUAAUUUUAGAAAUUCUCUCAAAACCUCUCUCUUAUAAACCCCUCUAUUAUCAACAUUUUUAAAUCAAAAUUUUAGAUACAAAUUUUAAAACUCGUACACUCUCUCCUCUACUUUUUGUUAUUUAAAAUCAAAAUUUAAUUUUUUAAACCAGAAUUUUAAAUAUUUUUGAUUUGAAUUGCAAUUUUCUAAUUGCACUGUUUCUAGAAAUUUCAAUUUUAAUGAUUUUUAAAUCAGAAUUUUAAACUACUCAAUGUGCUUCUCCUUCCUUUCUCCCAUAUACAUUAGUCUUCCAAAGCUCCCCAAAUCAUCUUUGGCUAUUCCUCCUCCUUUUCCCUUCCAUUCUCUUCAUUCCUCUCUUCAAUUUAUUCCUCUUCCUCAUCCUCUUCCCUUCCUCAUCCACUUCCCUUCUUCAUCCUCUUCAUUCUCAAUCUCAAUUUUCUUCUUUUCUCUCUUCCCCCAAUUUUCUUCAUUUUCCCUUUAUCUAUUCCUCAUCCUUCCCCUCAUUACUCUUCCCCAUUUUAAUCCUCUUCCUUUUAAAAUUUCCUUCUUCCCCAUUUCAACCUUGUCCAAAACUUGUCCCUCAUUGUCUUCUUUUUGUCCCUCAAAACUAUCAGCAAAUAAAGCAUUGCACUAGCUGCCACUUUACCUCAAUUCGGAGGACUUUAAAAAGUGAAGGAAGGCUUCCCU